GAUUUGAUGAUGAUCUUAGAAUAAGUGUGGUGGUUGCAUGUGGGAAAACAAUGAUUAUGGUGCGCUAGACAAUGCCUUUCUUGAAAGGCAAGAACACUAACAAGCUAUAGUGUGUAGCUCAUGAUUAGUAGUAUGGACUAACAUUUGAUCACAAACACAAUCUCAAUUAAUACUCUUUCUUGUUUGACACACAUUUGAAAAAAUCUCUCGAAUCUUGAUCUCUCAGUCCAAGAAGAAGAAGAAGAUGAUGAUGAGUCUGUUGUUGUUGCAAAUUUUGGUAUCCAUGAAUCCAAUGGGAGUAUCCUCAUCCCACUGCAUCACGGCGACCUCAUCUAGAACCUUCGAUCGUUGCAUGACGCUCCCGACCCAGCAAGCAUCGAUAGCGUGGACGUAUGAGCCCCACAACGCGACCCUCGACCUAGCCUUCUUCGGGAGCUUCAUCUCCCCCUCGGGGUGGGUCGGGUGGGGGAUCAACCCGACCUCCCCGGAGAUGACGGGGACGCGGGCCCUCAUCGCGUUCCCGGAUCCCAACUCGGGCCAGCUCGUCCUCCUCCCCUACAUCCUCGACCCCACCGUCAAAUUCCAAAAAAGCCCCCUCCUCUCCCGCCCCCUCGACCUCCACGUCCUCUCCUCCUCGGCCACCCUCUACGGCGGCCGCAUGGCCACCAUCCACAGCGGCGCCACCAUCCAAAUCUACGCAACCCUAAAGCUCUCACCAAACAAAACCAAGCUCCACUUCACAUGGAACCGCGGGCUCUACGUGCAAGGCUACUCCCCAACGAUCCACCCCACCGCCGUGAACGACCUCUCCUCCACCACCACCAUCGACAUCUUAUCCGGCGCCACCGCGAAGCCCCACAGCAACCUCAGAACGCUCAAGAUCAUCCACGGCGCAAUCAAUGCAAUCUCGUGGGGGUUCCUCCUCCCCCUCGGGGCCGUCUCGGCGCGCUACCUCCGGCACAUCCAGGCGGUGGGGCCCGCGUGGUUCUACGCUCACGCGGGCGUCCAGAUCGCCGCCGUGUUCCUGGGCACGGUGGGGUUCUCCAUGGGCGUGCGGCUGGGCGAGCUCUCGCCGGGGAGGGUGUACGGCCUCCACCGCAAGCUGGGCUUCGCCGCCUUCUGCCUCGGGUGGCUGCAGACUCUGGCGCUUCUGUUCAGGCCGAAGACGACGCAUAAGUUCCGGAAAUAUUGGAAAUCCUACCACCAUUUUGUGGGGUAUGCAUGUAUUGUGUUGGGCGUGGUGAACUGUUUUCAAGGAUUUGAGGUGAUGGGGGAGAGCGGGUCUUACGCGAAAUUGGGCUACUGUUUGUGUUUGGCAACGUUGAUCGGAGUUUGCAUUGCGUUGGAGGUGAACUCGUGGGUGAUUUUCUGCAGGAAGGCUAAGGAGGAGAAGAUCAAGAGAGAGGGAUUGUUUGGGAAUGUUAUUUCUGAUAAAACCAGCGGCUCCAGCCGCGGCUGAGAAUCAAUCUUUUAUUUAUGUGUUGUGGAUCGGAAACUGUAUGUAUGGUGUAUUAUUCUUUUAAUUUCUCUGCAAUACUCAUAAUUAAGUUCCUUCUCCAA